UGUGUUGGUGGAUGUGUCCAGUGGAAUGAUGAGUAUUCAGCUGAACCCUCAGAAUCCGGUCAUCGGGGGAUCUGUCACUCUGAAUGUUACUGGGAUUACUGAUGGAAUUCGCUCUUUCUCCUGGUAUAAAGGACCAACUUCAUCUUCUCAGCUUCAAAUUUUUACCUAUAUUCCUGGUGAAAGCAGCCCCCUAGUUCGUGGUCCCAGUUACAAUAUUCGCAUCACUGCUUUUCCCAAUGGAUCAUUGCAGAUCUCUGACCUUCAGACCACAGACCGGGGGAAUUACAUAGUGAAGGUACAGACACAAAAAGCUCUGGAAAGCAAUCUAGUCCUGGUUAUCUAUGAUCCCGUUUCAAAGCCUGUGAUCACAGUAUCUGACCCUGAGCCACAGGAAGAUGACACAAUCACCCUAACAUGCGCUUCUUCUAACACUGCAAGGAUAAUAUGGAGUAAAGGUGGUGGCCCUCUGCCCUCUGGGGCUGUACUGUCAUCAAAUAAUAAGACCGUUACCUUCUCCAAGACCAAUCGUUCAGACUCGGGGGAAUAUCGGUGCACAGCUGAGAACAUCGCCAGUACAAAGACCAGCGAUUCCUACACAUUGGCCAUAGCUUAUGGUCCAGAAAAUGUGAACAUCAAAGGCUCCUCCGAGGUGACCAUUGGCUCUGUCGUGUCACUGGUAUGUGUCGCAGAAUCUUUUCCCAUUCCCAUUUACAGCUGGCAAUUAAAUGGAAGGAACCUCACACUCCAUCACAAUUACACACUCCUCAUUGAGCAGAUCACUUCAAUGAAUGAAGGAAAUUACACAUGUGAAGUGAAGAACUUGGCAACAAAGCGGUCUGCCAGUGCCUCUAUGUUUAUCACUGUGACAGUUCUCCUCGGUGUGUUGGUGGAUGUGUCCAGUGGAAUGAUGAGUAUUCAGCUGAUCCCUCAGAAUCCGGUCAUCGGGGGAUCUGUCACUCUGAAUGUAACUGGGAUUACUGAUGGAAUUCGCUCUUUCUCCUGGUAUAAAGGACCAACUUCAUCUUCUCAGCUUCAAAUUUUUACCUAUAUUCCUGGUGACAGCAGCCCCCUAGUUCGUGGUCCCAGUUACAAUAUUCGCAUCACUGCUUUUCCCAAUGGAUCAUUGCAGAUCUCUGACCUUCAGACCACAGACCGGGGGAAUUACAUAGUGAAGGUACAGACACAAAAAGCUCUGGAAAGCAAUCUAGUCCUGGUUAUCUAUGAUCCCGUUUCAAAGCCUGUGAUCACAGUAUCUGACCCUGAGCCACAGGAAGAUGACACAAUCACCCUAACAUGCGCUUCUUCUAACACUGCAAGGAUAAUAUGGAGUAAAGGUGGUGGCCCUCUGCCCUCUGGGGCUGUACUGUCAUCAAAUAAUAAGACCGUUACCUUCUCCAAGACCAAUCGUUCAGACUCGGGGGAAUAUCGGUGCACAGCUGAGAACAUCGCCAGUACAAAGAUCAGCGAUUCCUACACAUUGGCCAUAGCUUAUGGUCCAGAAAAUGUGAACAUCAAAGGCUCCUCCGAGGUGACCAUUGGCUCUGUCGUGUCAUUGGUAUGUGUCGCAGAAUCUUUUCCCAUUCCCAUUUACAGCUGGCAAUUAAAUGGAAGGAACCUCACACUCCAUCACAAUUACACACUCCUCAUUGAGCAGAUCACUUCAAUGAAUGAAGGAAAUUACACAUGUGAAGUGAAGAACUUGGCAACAAAGCGGUCUGCCAGUGCCUCUAUGUUUAUCACUGUGACAGUUCUCCUCGGUGUGUUGGUGGAUGUGUCCAGUGGAAUGAUGAGUAUUCAGCUGAUCCCUCAGAAUCCGGUCAUCGGGGGAUCUGUCACUCUGAAUGUUACUGGGAUUACUGAUGGAAUUCGCUCUUUCUCCUGGUAUAAAGGACCAACUUCAUCUUCUCAGCUUCAAAUUUUUACCUAUAUUCCUGGUGACAGCAGCCCCCUAGUUCGUGGUCCCAGUUACAAUAUUCGCAUCACUGCUUUUCCCAAUGGAUCAUUGCAGAUCUCUGACCUUCAGACCACAGACCGGGGGAAUUACAUAGUGAAGGUACAGACACAAAAAGCUCUGGAAAGCAAUCUAGUCCUGGUUAUCUAUGAUCCCGUUUCAAAGCCUGUGAUCACAGUAUCUGACUCUGAGCCACAGGAAGAUGACACAAUCACCCUAACAUGCGCUUCUUCUAACACGGCAAGGAUAAUAUGGAGUAAAGGUGGUGGCCCUCUGCCCUCUGGGGCUGUACUGUCAUCAAAUAAUAAGACCGUUACCUUCUCCAAGACCAAUCGUUCAGACUCGGGGGAAUAUCGGUGCACAGCUGAGAACAUCGCCAGUACAAAGAUCAGCGAUUCCUACACAUUGGCCAUAGCUUGUGAGUACUAAGAAUUUGUAAUUCAGUACAUUCUCAGAUGAUCACGGUUGAGUAUUUUAAGUGUAAUUAUACAUAAACUGUAAAGCCCUGUACACAUGAUCGGACCUUUGUCCGACC